UAUUUCAGGUGCCGGAGUCGACUAAGGAGCGACCAUUUGCUCACUACCGCCGCGCAUCAGCCAACUGCCGCAGAACUGCACGACUCCUCAAACCGGAAUAAUAGCGCAAGUGGACGCACACGGCUGCUGGGAUAAUUCUAACAGGGGACGAGCUGGAAGAAGCCGGAGUGGGAAGUUUCAGCUGUGACCACACGGCACUUUUUUUUUUUUCUUUUUUGUUUCCACGGCUGCUCUUGUAGUUUUACGCGUCUCUCUCCCUUUAAGUACAUUUUAACCAGCGACUCCCAGUUCCUCCUCUUCGAAACUCCACUUAAAUACUCCCAACUCUCGUCCCGUUCCACACUGGAGGAUAUUACCACGCGUGGGUUCUUAUUCUCUCUUAGUCCUGCCUUAUGUGGUAUCCAGCACUGAGAGAUGCCUGGAUAAACUUCAUGAUGGGUGGACCUGGGAGAGAUACAAGACUACAGGAGGACUGAGGAGACCACAAAAUGCAUCUCAUUACAAAUAUUAGACCUGUGAACGCAGAAGUUUUUCUCAACUGGAGACUUGGAUUGUGAAUUUUCGUGAGGAGAUUCAUUUUUGUUCUUUUUUUUUUUUUUUUUUUUUUAAAGAGACUUUAAAGUCACAGCUGUAUAAAUUACCUUUAACAUGAGCUGCAGAAAUGGACUAGAAGCCCAUGUGUAGCAGGGCAGCUGCUGCAGCUCAAGGAAUAACAUAGCCCCAGACUGUUGGGGAGUCACUCCUUCAGGGGCCCAGGGAUUAUAUCCCAGCACAACCCCACCCCGUUAAACUAUCCUACCUGUCUGAAGGCAGAGCUCACUAUCCAAUGGCAUGGGUCAAGUUCUUCAGGAAGCCGGGGGGCAAUCUGGGGAAAUCAUACCAGCCGGGGAGCAUGCUGUCUCUGGCCCCCACCAAGGGGCUGCUGAACGAGCCAGGGCAAAACAGCUGCUUCCUCAACAGUGCUGUGCAGGUACUAUGGCAGCUGGACAUCUUCAGACGCAGCCUGAGGCAGCUACCUGGACACUUCUGUCACGGGGAAUCAUGCAUAUUUUGUGGAUUAAAGGGCAUUUUCUCCCAGUUUCAGCACAGUCGGGAGCGCGCUCUGCCCUCUGACAACCUGCGUCACGCCUUGGCAGAGACCUUUAAGGACGAGCAGCGCUUCCAGCUGGGCUUCAUGGAUGAUGCCGCAGAGUGCUUUGAGAACAUACUGGAGAGGAUCCACCUGCAUAUUGUGCCUGAAAAGACGGAUGCCUGUACUUCUAAGUCAUGCAUCACGCAUCAGAAGUUUGCCAUGACACUUUAUGAGCAGUCUGUGUGCCGUAGCUGUGGGGCAUCCUCCGACCCACUGCCGUUUACAGAGUUGGUUCAUUAUGUCUCCACCACUGCACUCUGCCACCAAGGGCAUCAGCGGAGGGACGAGUCUUUUGGGGAAUUGUUACAAGCAGCAAACUCGAUGGGGGACCUUCGAAACUGUCCUAGCAACUGUGGCCAGAGGAUUAAAAUCCGACGUGUCCUCAUGAACUCCCCAGAGAUUGUCACCAUUGGCUUCAUCUGGGAUUCUGACCAGUCCGACCUCACUGAGGAUGUUAUCCGCUCACUGGGGCCUCAUCUCAGUCUCUCUGCGCUCUUCUACAGGGUGACUGAUGAGCAUGCCAAAAAGGGAGAGCUGCUGCUAGUGGGGAUGAUCUGCUACUCCAGCCGCCACUACUGUGCCUUCGCCUUCCACACUAAGUCAGCUAAAUGGGUCUUCUUUGAUGAUGCCACGGUGAAAGAGAUCGGCUCCAGAUGGAAAGAUGUGGUCAGCAAAUGUAUAAAAGGUCACUUCCAGCCUCUCCUCCUCUUUUACGCUAACCCUGAUGGGAGUGCCAUCGUUGUAGAUGACGCACAUUACAAGACCCCUGUCAAUGGAGAUGUCCAAGGCUUUGAGUCUCCAGUGUCUGCCCCUAAAAAGUUGGACCUGACCAAGGAGAACCUGCAAGCUUUGUUUAGCUCAGCCUCUUUUAAUAAACAGAAGACUGUUUCAACUCUCAGCAAAGGCAGUGCUCAAACCACUGGUGGGCGGGGACCAGUCAAAAUUGGCACCAGUGAUCCCAAGAGUCGCCUCAGGGAGAUUUCUCGUGAAGUAGCCCAGAGAGCAGGAGAGUUACGGGGGAUGCAUCCACCCAGAAGAGAGCCUGAUAGGAGCGGUCAACGGAGACCGGAGUCACGGCACAGAGAUCCAGGUCAGGACAGGACCUACUCUCGUUCCGUCUCCCCACCGGAAAAUGGCUUCAAACAACACCUGGAGAGUCGACUGUACAGCAGCCAAGGAAAAGGUCCAACUAGGGCUGAGCGAACACCCCACCUUGGGGGAAGGUCUUCCCAUGAACCCCCUCGCUCCCUCUCAAGGGUCCAAGUGUUCCCCAGUGAGUCCAGUGUCAGUAGUAGUAGUAGUCACAGCCGCAGACUAGACCAGGUUUCAAAUGGAUAUGAUACCGACAGCAGCCAAGACUCCCGAGAACGUCCUGGAAGUGGAGGGAACGGCCGCAGCAGGCCUAGUCGCCCGUGGAAACCCAUGCGGGAGGUACUGAAUGUGGACAGUGUUUUGAGCGGUAAUUCAUUGACUCAAGAACGAAGGCAGCACAGUCCCAGAAGACGACCCAGCAGUCAGUCGCCUUCCCGUGAGAGAGAGAGAGACAGAGAACGAGACAGAGAUUUUACGUGGGGUGGCCGGGAAGACCGCAAACCCAAGAGCCUCAUGACUAUUUACGAGGACGAGCAAAGGCAUGAAACAGGUGGCAGCCGGAGCUCGUUGGACUCGGAUGGGCGAGGUGGCUACAGUGACAAAGACAGGUCAAAGGGUUCAGCUACUUUGAAAGUCCGCAAUGACAACUGGAAGAUCCAGCGGACUGAAUCUGGAUAUGAGAGUAGCGACCGACUUAGCAAUGGCUCAGCAAAUCUUGACUCUCCUGUGGUGGAAAACCUUUCUUCAAAGGAUCUGCGGCCGAUACCUGAGCUGCAUUCAUCAAGGGAUCACUUGCCUCAAAGAAGGGGCGAUGAUUUGAAGGCUGAUGUAUUACAGACUACAUUUUCCACUGGUGAAGAUGGAAGAAAAUCUCCAGAUCUGCAGGACACACACUUCCUGUCUGGUCAACACAUACAAAGAAAAAGAGCUUUCCGAUACACUCCUGGCAUCUUUGAAAAGAACAAUGGCCUCGACAGCGAGCGAGAGGAUACUGUGGACGGCAGCCCUGUGAGCCCAGUCCCCCCUUACUUAGCCAAGACGAGCAGUUCUGAAUGGAACAGCUCCGAUGACCUCGUCGGACCCCUCUCGGAACAAGAAGAGUCCGGUUCUGCUGCCCGCUCGGACCCCUUCCUGCACAACUAUCCCCCUCCUUUACCCCCGAAGACAUUUGGCAGCAGUAACACCGAUUUAUCUGGCAUCCCCACCCAGCUGCCGGAGGUGCCAAGCCACCGCGGCGAACCCAAAAAUGGCCUAUCUUCCCUGACGCACACCACCCUCCGCAGGUGGAUCGAGACCCCCGCCGAGCACAGGCUUUCAUCAGACGCCAGCUCGAAGUCGGGGUCGUCGGACCAGGAGAGGAACGAUCUUUCUGCCAGCGAGAGCGACGAGCGCUUACCCAGCCCAAGGCCCGGCAACGACGACGGUACACACUCCCCUGCUCUGACGGAUAGGGUUCACCCAACUACUUACUUUUCUGUGGAUAACUGCAUGACAGACACUUAUCGGGCCAAAUACCACAAGAGGCCGGCCUUAUACCUGAAAGCAGACGAUCACACUUCAUCAGGGGAAAGUGACAUCGAAGGACGGGGGCUUCCUGUGCCGGGGGUUCAGCUGCCAGAGCCUCCGAAAACCAGAUCAGAAUCAGGCUAUUCUACUACAACGAAAACUACUGCAAAGUGGAACCCGGUUACUCCAAAGGGACUUGAUGAGCAUGGUUUCCUAUAAUUUUCCAAGCAUUGUUGGACCCUUUAUGACGACUGGAUGCCAAAUGAAAUUGUUAUGCACUAUGACUGCAACACAUUUUCUUUUCUUUUUUUUUUUUUUUUUACACGUCAUCAUGAUAAAGUCGAAGAAGAAUCUGGAUGCCAAAGAAACUGUUUGUGAAAGAUUGUGUAAAAAAAAAAAAAAAAAAAAAAAAAAAAAAAAAAGCGAUAGCUUUGAAUGGAUGACGAGUUUGCACAGUAGAAACAGCACCAGAGAGGUACAUAAAGAAUCAUGCCUAAAUCAUUAUUUUACUGAUGUUUGGACUUGAAAGGCUGGGGUUACGUUAGUAAAGAAUGUGUCACAGAAGCCACUUUACCACAAGAAGAGAUUAUGUAACUUUACUCAAGAAAGAACCUUAUGAUGGAAAGAUUUUAUUUUCAGCUAUACUCAUUUUCUUUUCAGUGUUAUAAUACUUGGACACCAAAAUUCGUGCAUCAUAUAAAAGGUUCUUAAUAAUAUGCAGAACAUGGUUUUAUAUGUCACUCUUUCGGCACAACUCAGAGUGGAUCCCAGGGAUCUGUGUAUAUAUGAAGCUACACAAGAACUAUGUAGGAUUUUGGAAAAUGAGACCUCUACUUAGGACAUAGUGGGUGUGGAAAGACCAUGUUUGCCUGACCUCUCUGUAACACUCCUACUGGAAUCGAUGUAUUUAUGAAAAUAAGCUUCUUCUGUUUGACCUUUUGUGAAGUCAGAGGCGGUUUAUUAUAGCUUAAGGAGAUGGGGAAAUAUCUUAAACAGUUUGAUUAUUUGUAGAAAAUACGUGGCACAUUUACUCAAGGCACCUUCCCCUCACCUCGAAUGCACAUGCCUGUACUCAUCCUUUCAUCUCUAAAUAAUUGCUGAGGUUUUUAAUGUGUUUGCACUGUAUUUUUGGUUGAUAUUGUCACACUCCUUAAAGUUUAAACCUUAAGUUGUCCAUCUCUGACCUUUUUCUUAAUAAUAUCUCUUAGCAGUAAGUCUGCACCAGAAGGAAACGGACAUGUGAGGGUGUUAUCUAGAGAUGGACUGGACCUGCUUUCCCUGAGGAUGGGUGUUAAUGAUGUGUUGUAAAUCUCAGUAGCGUUGGAAUUUUUUUUUGUUUAAAGUGUUUUAUAUAUGCAGCAGAAUUUAAUACACGGUGCCUUUUGUAUUUUUCUAUGUUGAGACCAGUUUAAAUUGGAGCCAGGAUUUGUACAAUUGUUGAUUUUUAGAGAAUUUUUGUAACAUUUAAUUUUAUUUUUAUUAAUAAUUGUUAAAUAAACAAUCUUGUUUAACCUUA